UUUGCAUUGCGCGCUUAUUUGGACAAAAAGUUUACUUCAAUGGCAAAAGGUUAGCUGUAAGCAUCUCAAAAUUCCCCAUUUUUAGCUCCAAAUCUUCAUUUUUGUGGGGCUUUUUGGUGAUAAUCAUCUAGCCUGUGCCACGGAGAUUAGCAAAAGUGUAAAGAAAAGUUAUUUUAUCAUUUGCAAGAAGGAUUAAAUUGAUUUGAAAUGGACGCACCCAAGCUUUAUGCUUAGUUGGCAGUUUUUCGUCUAAAUCCCACCAAAUCCGGGCAGUUCAGACAUCCUCGUGAAGCAUAUCCUGGACAAUGGAAAGUCUUUUGGGUGAUGUGAGCUUUGCAGGGACGAAUGAGAGUGGAAUUGAGACAGAAACAGACACUGAACAUUCUUCGUGCUUGAUUGAGACAUCCUGUGACAUCAACUCCAGCUCCAACGCCAACCAGACGGGAUUCUUCAAUCAAUACAAUGUAGAUAAUGAGGAUGAGCUGUCAAUUUCCUUCCCGGAACAUCGUGCUGUUGUCAUUCCGCGUGCUGAUGAAAAUUUCUCCUACAUCUGUGCUGCAGAUUCGGAGGAUGAGGAUGGGGAACUUGUGCUCAGUUCUGUAUCCAUCACUGAGUCUGACGUUAUUUCCGAUCAGGAUUUACGCUUCCAGCGGGAAAUGGAGGAAGCCAAAAAGGCGUGGAAGAUUGACGUUCCCGCGAUACCAGCGACGGAAAUUGUUGAUGAUAGCUGCGUGGCGGUAUUCCAUGAGAUUUCUCAUGAACCCGAAGAGCCCCUCCUUCAGCCAUUAACCUUCAACGGGAGGAUUCCGCAACGAAAGGCGGUGAUUCAUGUGAAUGUUGAGGAAUCAGAUCUCUUUAAUAAUUCCUCCACAACAGUUCUCGACACCUCCUCCCAGGCUAGCCUGCAGAUUGAUCUGUCAGCUACGACAAAUCUCAAUACAACCCAGACGUCAAUUGAUGAGAAGGCCUUAAGGGAGAAAGUUCCCUAUACGAGUGAGAAUUCUCCCGAUAUUCUGGCUUUUGAUUCAGAUGCAGAAUCUGAUGAUGUUGCACCUGAAGAUGCCAGCAAAAUGGACUUAUCACUCGUAAAUCAGUCAAUUCAGGAGGAUAGCUUGAAGGAGCGUGAAAGGAAGAUACUCAAACGUCUCCAGAAUGCCCUUGCUGGUGUCCUACCACCACCAUCAAUAACAAAAUCCGUCCUUUCCGUUGAAACAAUCUUGGGGAUAAUUGCAAAGAAUGCCGCGGAGGCAAAAGGCAAGGAUACGGAGGAUAUUAAUAGUCACAUGGAGACACUAAUGCGACCCCUAAAUCCCAUGGAAGAAGCCAAGGAGAGUUGCUGGCCAGAAGCAUUGGGUAUCUUUGCACAUGGGAUUCACUACAAUCGCUCAAAGUUUAGCGAAAAAAUCGAAACAAUGAGCAUAAAAUACGCCGAAAGGAGUAUUGGGGUGGAGACAAGUUCGAGUUUUGUGAAGGUGAGCUCCCCAUCGAGCAGCAAGAAGCGCUACAUGCGCGAGAAGACGCUUAAUCAGUCACCGGGACGUCGUUUGAGUCACCUAGCUAAGCGCAAGGCCAUGUUUUCCUGUGCAAAUCUCCAGAAGAUUAACUUUUCCUCCUCCCAGCCGUGCCUGUCGCAAUCAUCGAGUAGCCGACAGAUUCUCCUGGGGCCCAAUGCAUCGCGAAAGAGUCGCCUAAUGCGCAUCCGGACACCAAAGAGAUUCUCCCAGCCGGCAGAGCGUAAGACCCCAAAAUCCAAGGAGAAACCCCGUGUGGCUGUGAAGGCACCCCCAACGCGUGAAACGUCCAAACGAGCACUCUUCCAGAGCCCUCCCAAUCAGGCAGCUGCCCGUCCGGCUGUGACACCCGAAAUGGCUGAACGUGUCGAUCGUUCCCGGCGUGCUCUCUUCUCCUCGCCCAAACUCACGCGGUACUCAUCGUUCUCCCAGCAGAGUUCCAGCAGCUACUCAACCUUUUCCCAAGGGUCUGGGCUCACGGCAGCCGCCCUGGCGAAUCGGGAGAAUUUCCUACUGGACGAUGAUUUGGGUGGGGGAAAGCGAAAACGUCCCUUUGACGACGACGCCAUGGAGACAACGAAGAAGGCACGCCUCGAUGGGCCUUUCGGCAGAAGUCAGAGCUUCACAGCGGAAUACGUGGCACGACAGAAUGAGCUUCUUGCCACACGAACAUCCCUGUGCAAGACAGCGUCGGAUGUUUUCCUCGGGGGGCGAUCUAGUCAGUGCCUAACGGAUCUGGAGAAGCAGAAACUCUUCUACAUUGUCUCGCAAACGCUGCAAAAGAAGCAAAUUUCCGGGCAGCAUGAGCGCUUCAAGGAGUACGCCACGGUGAUGGCCAAGGUGGUCAAGAGGCUCUUCCUUGAAUCCAAUCGACGGGUUUUUGGGAGCGUCAGUGAACAAAUGUCCAAAAUGGCCAACAGCAUCCUCUUCCCAGUGCUCCAGGGAAAGAGUGUGGAGGAGAUUUAUGCCAGUGAGCGUGCUCGGAGGGAGAAUGCAAAGAAGAGUGCCAAACCAAGUGGAUACGUACCCCUGGAGAGCUACAGGGGCACCACCCUACAGCGCAGCACAUCGUCCAUUUUGUCAGAGAACUCAGGGCAAUCGCUGGGAAUGAGUCAGUCCUCCCUGCGCUACAGUCAAUCGGAGAAUCUGAGUCAGGGAGCGCAGUUCUUCGACACGGCGCUCCGGGAGAAUGUUGACAGCGAGCAAAGGCAGAAAUCCGGGCAGAAGGGAAUGUUCUCGGGGAAGGAUCAGAAGAAUGUAAGUCCCCACAAGUCGAGCAAUAAGAAGCAGAAGUUAGUUGGUGGGAAGAAUCUCACGAAUCUUCUCAAGGCCAAACGACAAAUUUCCUUCGAUACGUGACCUUUUCCGCAUUUUUUUUUACACCUUUUUCCUUCCUUUUUAUCCCUCUAAAAGCACGAAUUUUCUUUUAGAUCCCGCUCGCAUUCUUCCUUCCUCCCAUGGCGUGUUUUUUCCUGCGAUGAGUUUCCUCCAAAAAUAUUUUCCUUUUUAAUCCCAAAAUAGAUUAAUUUUUGAGUUUUUUUUUAACUGAGAUUUUUCACUUUCAAUUAAAUAAUAAAAUGAAUUUUAAAUUAAAUAGAAGAAUUAAUAAAAUGAUUUUGAUGAAGAAA